CGGCUGGGGCAGCAGCGCCACCUGCGGGCUGGCGCGGGCACUGCGCGCGUGGCGGCAGCAGCGCUCCCGAGCUCUGCGUCGUUUCAACGCCUGCGGUUCCUGCGGUUUUCCGGCGUCUGCGCAGCGAACUGAGGAGGGGCUUUGGUGACACAGCUUUUGUACUCGUGGGUGGUCAAAUGAGUGAUCUCCUGGAAGAAAACUGCAAGAAAAGCUAUUCUUCCCAGGAAACAUCUGCAGAAAAAGAUGUGUCUCCUGCUGAGGACUGCUCAAUAAGACACAGAAUUUCGCAAAAACUCGAGAAACAAUUAAAAUGCUUAGCCUUUCAAAAUCCAGGACCUCAGGUAGCUGACUUCAAUCCUGAAACUAGACAGCAGAAAAAGAAAGCAUGCAUGUCACAGAUGAAACAAAAAUUUUUUUAUGAGUCCAAAUUUACGAAGAAGUAUGACAAACAUGGCAGGUUGCUUUUUAAUGGCAUAGAUUUAUGUGAUUGCCUGGAAAUGGACUGCCUGGGUUGCUUCUAUCCUUGCCCCAAAUGCAACUCAAACAAAUGUGGGCCAGAAUGUCGCUGCAAUAGAAAAUGGGUUUAUGAUACGAUUGAGACUGAAGCUGGGGAUGUGAUCAGUGAGCUACCAUUUUUUGUCCCUGACUGAUAACGUUGUGUUACGUUUUGUGCCUGAGCAUUGUUGUUUUUAGUUCAUGUUUUAUUGAAGUAAAUCACCACAUGGCAGAUGUGCUUGUGCUUUUUUAUUGCUGCCUACCUAGCAAAUUUUACCAUUCUCUAUCAAGUAAAAGUGUGUAUUUCAUUCUUCCUCAUCCUUGUGAGCAUUGCUGAGGGACCUAGUUAAUCAUUUCUAAAUCCUGACAUUCUAAAAUUGAAGGUAUCUGAACUGUUAUGGGAAGAUAAUUUUCUUACCCUGGGAAGCUGAACUGCAAUACUAGUAAUGAGGGUUUUUUGCCAAUUUCUCUGCUUGUUCAAUUACUCAGAUGUGCGACACAGCUCUUUCUUUUGUGUAGGCUUGUCCAAGAGUCUUCUGAUCCUGAUGAAUUCAUUCCUCGUAUAGGUGAGGUAGUAGGCAUUUGAGAUGACACUGUUCUUUGAAACUAGGUCACUACUUUCCAUGUCUGUCUGUAUAUUAAGCAAAGGAGAGUGGACACAACUCUGUCUCAGCAAUUCUUUCUUGCUGUCCAGGUUGAAAAACUGAAACCAACACGUACAAUCCGCACUAUUUUUUUACA